AUGGGAAGUGUAGUUUGGAGUGUGCUCAUGCGCAGACGCGCGUCACGGCGUGAUCGUUUGACAGGCGGCUGUUUGUUUCUGUCAGGUUUUCGUCUUAAUUUCGUUCAUUAUGUCGCGACACGGACGACACGGAGGCGAGACGAAGGUGUAUGUGGGUAACCUGGGCACCGGGGCCGGGAAGGGUGAGCUGGAGCGGGCGUUCAGUUACUACGGGCCGCUGAGGACACUGUGGAUCGCUCGCAACCCGCCGGGAUUCGCCUUCGUGGAGUUUGAGGAUCCCAGAGACGCUGAGGACGCCGUCAGGGGCCUGGAUGGAAAGGUGAUCAGCGGCUCUCGCGUGCGAGUCGAACUCUCCACCGGAAUGCCGCGGCGUUCCCGUUACGACCGUGCACCGACCCGGCGACCCUUCGACCCCAACGACCGAUGCUACGAAUGCGGAGAAAAGGGCCACUACGCUUACGACUGCCAUCGGUACGGCCGGCGGCGCUGGAGCAGGUCUCGCUCUCGCUCGCGCUCCCGCUCUCGGUCCAGAGGGAGGAGAUACGGGCGCUCUCGCAGCCGCAGCAGAGGGAGAAGGUCCAGAUCUUUCUCUCCUCGUCGUUCUCGCUCUGGUUCUCCCAGACGCUCCAGAUCUGUGACGCCCAAACGCUCCAGAUCCCGAUCCCGCUCCCGCUCUCGCUCGCGCUCCGGCUCGGCUCCCAGGAGCAGAUCUGGUUCAGCCAGGAGAUCCAAAUCCGGCUCUGUGGCUAGGAGUCGAUCUGCGUCUCGAAGCCCUGCAAGAAGUGAGAGUCCAGAGCGAGACGACUGACGCUCUUCUCCAGAACCUCAGUUUCUCAUCAGACGUUUACUGCAGUACUUAUAAAGAUGUGAGUUUGAUUGUAAGGAAGCUCCAGUGAGGAGCGGAAAAUAUUUUGAGUUGAUUUUUCUGUAGUUGAAGAGAGUUUGUGUGCUUUUGUACCUCUUUUGUUGUGUAGCACACACACACACACACUGGUUGGGGUUUUGUAUGUGUGUAUUAAAUGAAGUGAAAACAC